UGCAGAGUCGGAGUCAGCCCUAGAGGGUCCAGCCGACUCUGUGGCGUCACUGUGGCUGGCGGGGUAAGUUUUGGCGGGGCAGCUGCACCACACAUCCACUGUGUGUGUGCAGCCGUUCGCGUUUGACUCAGAAACUCAUUCAAAGAAACAUUGAGCUGCAUAUACCCGUGUUGCGCCCUCACGAAUCCCGCACUAUCUCCACAAUCAACCACAUAGUUCCGAGUGUACCCGACAUACAACCUCUCAUGACUGGGUCAAAGAAGAUCCUCCCCGUCGAGGGCGAGCGCAAUGUGCUCAUUACUAGCGCACUGCCCUACGUCAACAACGUACCCCAUUUGGGCAACAUCGUCGGCUCCGUACUCUCGGCCGAUGUCUUCGCCCGUUUCUCUCGCGCUCGCGGAUACAACACACUAUACGUCUGCGGAACAGACGAGUACGGUACUGCGACCGAGACCAAAGCCAUAGAAGAGAAGGUCACUCCGAAAGAGCUGUGCGACAAAUACUAUGCGCUACACAGCGAGGUGUACAAGUGGUUCAACAUCAGCUUCGACCACUUCGGACGCACACCCACCCAACAACAGACCGACAUUGCACAAGAUAUCUUCACCAAACUCUACAAGAAUGGCUUUCUGGAGGAGCAAACCACAACACAACCAUACUGCGAGACACACAAGAGCUUCCUUGCAGACCGAUUCGUCGAGGGCACAUGUCCACUGUGCGCAUACGAAGACGCCCGCGGAGACCAGUGCGACAAGUGCGGACAUCUUCUUGACCCUCUGGAAUUGAAGAAUCCACGAUGCAAGCUUGACGGCGCCACGCCAGUUCCACGCGAGACCAAGCACGUGUACCUUUGCCUGGAUAAGCUACAACCCAUGGAAGAGGAGUGGUUCAAAAAGGCGAGCAAGGAGGGAAACUGGAGUUCCAAUGGUGUUCAGAUCACUUCAUCCUGGCUGAAGGAAGGUCUUAGGCCGCGUGGUAUCACUCGUGAUCUAAAGUGGGGAACAGCGGUGCCACUCGAAGGCUACGAGGACAAGGUCAUGUACGUGUGGUUUGACGCCUGCAUAGGCUACGUCUCGAUCACAGCAACCUACACCGAGGACUGGAAGAAAUGGUGGCACAACCCCGAGCACGUCAAGCUAUACCAGUUCAUGGGCAAGGACAACGUGCCGUUCCACACCGUCGUCUUCCCCUGUUCGCAGAUUGGUACCAAGGACAAAUGGACUAUGCUCAACACCAUCUCGACAACAGAGUAUUUAAACUAUGAAAAGGGCAAGUUCUCCAAGUCAAGAAACAUUGGUGUCUUCGGAAACAACGCCAAGGAAACCGGCAUCCCAUCAGAUGUAUGGCGCUACUACCUUCUUUCACACCGACCAGAGACUGGCGACACCGAGUUUGAGUGGGACGGCUUUAUUGCGGCAAACAACAAUGAGCUUCUCAAGAACCUGGGCAACUUCAUUAACCGCGUAAUCAAGUUCGUAAACAACGCCAAGAUCUACGAUUCAGUUGUGCCGGACUACACCAAGUUCGACGACGACUAUUUCACCCAGCACAAGAAGAAGGUCAAUGACUCACUAAAGACAUACAUUGCCGAGCUAGAGGAUGUCAAGAUCCGUGCCGCGCUUGCCACUGCGCUACACGUCUCAAGCUUAGGUAACCUGCUAUUGCAAGACAACCGACUGGACAACAAGUUGGCAACCGAGCAGCCAGACCGCUGCGCCGCUGUUGUUGGAUUAGCCUUGAGCCAAAUCCAUCUUCUCGCCAGUCUGAUUCAACCAUACAUGCCCGACACCACCACCGCUAUCCUAUCUCAACUCAACGCCGAAUUCCUGAUCAUUCCUGACACAUGGGAGGCACGUUCCCUUCCUGUCGGCCACAAGAUCGGCACCGCUGGCUACCUUUUCAGCCAAAUCAAGCCGGAGAAGGAGCAAGAGUGGCGCGAGCAAUUUGGUGGAGAAGAGGCUCGCAAAGCCAAGGAAGAAAAGGCGAAGAAGGCAGCAGCUAAGAAGGCAGAGAAGGAGCGUAAGAAGGCAAAGAAAGAUGCUGAGAAGGCCAAGGGUGUUGAGGCUGCUGAGAAGGGACAGGAUGGACCUGCGGCGAAGACUGCGGAAGAGGAGGUGAGCAGAGGUGUUGAGCAGGUCAGUCUGCAGACCUCGUAAUACGUGAGUCUCAUCAGGCGACUUGGGGAGUUAUGGCGUGGCGGUUAGUGGUAGCAGCGACUGAAUAUAUGGCAGCAUGUGGGCGGGGCGUUCAAAUUCAACAAACUAGGGAAGCUGUCAGCAUCAAAGAGAGGAUUAGAGAUUUCACCAAGCAGCAGGGUGCUAUGGUUCCUCAAUGCUUAGACAUAUGGUGUCGACCUAACACGUAGCCACGCGCACGACAUGAAUCUGUGUUACUAUGCCAUGCUCGAAUCAUAUCUCAC